GUGAAUCACGGAGCACCGAGUGAUCCGUUACGUCACGUUGGUGAUCUCGGUAAUAUUGAGGUCGGAGAGGACGGAGUGGCACAUAUCGACGGCAUGGAUCACUACUUGAGCCUAGUGGGCGUCCGGGGUGCGAUUGGCAGAGCUCUGGUGAUCCACGCGAAACCAGACGAUCUCGGCCGCGGCGGAACUGAAGAGAGCCUGAAGACCGGAUCGUCAGGCGAGCGCGUUGCUUGCGGCGUUAUCGGAUUCUUGUAAAAGGAUUUCGAUGAACAGCGAAUUCAGUUAUUGCAUGCACUAAAUACGCACUGAAAACUGCCGUACUUAAUUCACUUAAAAAGAUACUGCGUAGUAUGCAAGAUCUUUGGUAUACACAAGCAGAUUUUGGUGAAGGAAAUGAUAUAAUUCCUUACUAAGAACAAAAUAUUUGUUCUAUCAUUCAAUCAGAAUAUUGUUAUAUAUUUCUUUAUAAUUUUGUAUAUUUUUACCCUAUUUUAAAUAUUGAUACUUUAAUAUUUUUUCAUAACUACAUUCCGAGUCUCGACGUCUUUGUUGAAUUUAAAAUAAUUUAAAAAGGAAUAAUUAUUAUAAAUAUUUAUUACAUACUGUUUAUUCAUUUGUUAUGAAAAUAGCAUUAAAAUUAAGCUGGUUUUAUUA